GACUGCAGACUUUGCCUUAUAAGGAAAACUUUUAGUUAUGCCGUGAGGCAAAGUCUGCCACAUAAGGUAGACUUUUUGCAAAGCCUUGCUUUACAAAAUUUAUUUAUUUUUUGACUGAGUGAGGAUUCGAACCCAGAACCUCGGGGUAUUUUUGACCAUCUUUUUAAGCGAAGGAUAAAAAUUAAAGACCACCAAUUUGAGGGACAAAAAUUUAAGUCCACCCCAAAAGAAGAACAACCCGCGAAAAUGAUAUAUUGGCCAUAGGGUAAGGGAAAUGAAUGAUGAAAUUUGUCAUGGCCCAUCUAAAAUUUGAGUCCGUGUGAUUGCACAAGGUUUAUAGGCUCAAGAAGCAUAUUGAUAGUAAUCGUUCUACAGGCCAGGCCAUACGACAAAGUUUUCAAUAGUCAAGUGACUAUUUGAGCAAAGAGAAUAUGAUUUUUUUUUUUUUUUUGCGCGGAGUGCCCUUCUUUUGGGCUGGUCUUUAUAUUUUGCCCUUCAUUUAUGCCUUUUUUAAUUUUUGCCCCUGCCGCUUGUUUAAUGAAUGUUUUUUGACGAAAUUACCCUUACCCUAUUAAAACCCUUUCUAUUUCGUCAUUUGCCCUUUUCUUUUCUUUUUUUGCUUCUUCGUUCCUCAUCUGUUUUGUGUCUGUCUUAUCUGUUCUAAAAUUUAGGUACGAAUUUGGAUAUUUUGCUCGUUUCAAUAUUUGUUUUUAUGUUAAAUUGUUGUUUGUUGAAUUGAUAUCUUUGUCUUCGUCGUUUUUUAUAUUUAAUUGAUCCUUUUUUAUUUAAAAUUAUAGUGUUUUUGUUACAGUGUCUGUAUGAUUUUUUGAACUUUAGUUUCGUUCCCCAUGUAUAUAUUCUGAUUUUUUGAAUGUCGUAUUAUGAAUGUCGUAAUAUGUUUUAGUUGAUUUUGAUAGGCGUUUUGGUUUUCUCUUUGUUGAAUCUUUGAAGUUUUGUCUGUGAACAGCUGUUUUAUGUUGUUGCUGUUGUUUUUGUUUAAUAAUCUGGGUUUUGUGAAGAAUGUGUUUGUUUGAGGCAACAUAUGCCGGGUCCGGCAGAGUUGUUACUUUUUGAAACUGAAGUUAUGCGGAAUCCGGCAUAAAGUUAUGCCUGUUCCGGCAUAACUUCAUGAAUUAAGUUAAUUUAUGGGUGUCUUGGUUUUUUGGUGUUGUCUUGUUAAUAAUUUUGGUUUUUAUGCAAUCUUUAUGUGUUUUGGUGUUGUUUUGUUAAUAGUGUUGGCAUUUUAUGCAAUCUUAUGUGUUUUGGUUCUUUCUUCUAUUAUGCAGGUAUUUGUGUACCAGUCUAGGGGAUGAUUUUUUAUUAUGGAGGAACAUCCCUUGGUUAAGUUUGAACACUGGGUUGAAGGAGAUGGCAUGUGGAGUGGUGAUUUUCAUUUUCGGAGUUUGAUUUUGUCCUUUUUGAGUGUCUCUCAAUUGGAGUUGUUGAAAAAGGGUGUGUUUGGACAGUUUAUGGAUUUGGUUGAUGUCCGCCUGAGUGAUAGUAUUUUCCAUUGCUUGAUCUUAUCGCAACUUGCAUCUAGUAAUGAUAGUGCGUUAAAGUUUAAGAUUUUUGAUCGCGCGUGUGUAUUUGAUUCCGAGUCUUUCCGUCUUAUUACUGGGUGGGAUUCUUGUGUUGGCGAUUUUAGUGUUGUGUCUAGCAGACCAAAUAGAUUGUUGAGACUUUAUUUUCCAAAUCAGGAUAGAAUAAGGUUGUGUGAUCUCAAGAGUUUCUUACAGAUCAAGUCAAGUAAUCGUACUGGUGGUUUUUGGGAAAGAUCUAGUGAUCCUGUUAGACUUGCUGAGGUCUAUAUAUUGGAGAGGGUUUUGUUGGGUUGUAACGAGAAAUGUGUUGUUAAAGGUCAUCUAAUGAAGAUAAUUGAUGAUGACAGUCUUCGGGUGUCUUAUCCUUGGGGUUCUCUUAGUUUUAAUUGGUUGGUAUGGUCGAUUCGUGGUUGUGUGAAGACUUUCAAGAGCAUGCCAUCUACACGUUUUAUGAUUAGUGGUUUCCCUUACGCUUUAAAUGUGUGGCUGUUGGAGGUUUUCCCUAUCUUUCGAGGGUUUUUAAGUUUUCAUGGUCUGAAGUCUCCUCGUAUGUUAUCUUGGGGUCCUUCAAAGCAAGUUGAUUAUAAAGUUAUUACUGAUAAUUUCUUCCAUGCUGAAAAAAGAUUCAAGAAAUUUAUUGUCCAUGCUGUUGUUGUUGGUACGGAACAAGAGAUGCUGGAUUAUUCAGUUGCACUUAAAUUUCCUGAUGAUUCAGGCCCUUGUUCUUCCCGUGCGGUUUUGCCAUCUGAAGUUACUUCUCAGAUAGUUGAUGGUGUUUUAUCUAGUGUGAAGAAGCAACUUGAUGAUGAACGAUCUACAAUUGUCAAUCAAGUAAAGUCUUUGGAUAGCCGUUUCGAAGAAUUGGAUAAAAAUUUUGUUGGCGCGAUUAAUGCUAUGGAUAGCUUAGUUCGUGUACAUGAUGAAACAAAGUCAGGUGUAGCAGCUUCUGAAAGUGCUAAAAGAACUUGUUUAGAAAGUAGACUUGACAGUUUGGAAAUUAAAUUUGAUUAUGUGAUGCAUUGUGUUGAAAGUUUAGUUCGACUGCAUAGCGAAAACAAACCUUGUAAAGCUUGUGCAUCUGGUAAAAGACAACCUGAUUUGGGUUAUUCAGUGAAUGAUGAGGUGAAGUUAGAUGCACAUCUUGGAAAAGAUUUGCAGGAACGUAUGGAGAAUAUGCUUUGUAAAGCAAGGUCUACAAAAAAUGAGACGUCUCCCAUGCUCGAUAUGCUCUGUCAUGCUGUUGUUUCUUCAUCAAGUCAACUGUCUGACAAAACUCAAACUCUUUCUCAGUUUGAAAAGGAAUAUGUGAAAGAAAAUGAAGACCUCGCAAAAAAAAAAAAGCACUUAAAGAAAUUGCUGCAAUUAAUGAUGCUUUUCAACGCGGAGAUUAUUUGUUUUCUUCUAAUGAAGCAUCACAAAAUGUAAAUGAAGUAGCAGCUGCUGUUGAAGAUAGUAGAAAACGUCCGAGAUGCGAAGAUGGAAACAAAGAAGAUGAUGGUAGUAGAAAACGUCCGAGAUGUAAAGAUGGAAACAAAGAAGAUGAUGGUUAUCCUAAUUGGUAUUUGCUUACACCAAGCAGUACUCCAGUUGAGAAACGGUUGAGUUCUGCUGCUGAAGAUAUAUACUGUACUGCAGAAGAGUUAGGAAAGUGAAUUGAUUUUUUUUUUGUUAUUUACGGAAAGUGUUAUGUUAUUGUGUUUCUCCCUUUUUCGAAUGAUGUAUAUGUAAAUUGGUCUUUCAUUUCUGUACAUGUAAUGAAGUUUCACUUUUUCAAACUGUGUUCUGUAGUCUGCCUUAACCGGCAUACUUUGCCAUUAUCUCAAUAGAUGUUCUGCUCCUUCCGGCA